GCGGUUGACAGCCGAGUGUGAAGUGGUUGGAAUGAGAUUCAGCACCUUGAAAUCUAAGGCCAUGGUCCUCAGUCUGAAAAAGAUGUUUGGGUGCCAUCCCUAGUGAGCGAAGAAUGGAGUGGGAGAUCAACAGACGGAUUGGUGCAGCGUCUGGAGUGAUGCGGACUCUGCAUCUGUCCAUUGUGGUGAAGAAGAAACUGAGCCAAAAGGCAACGCUCUCAAUUUACCUGUUGAUCUAUGUUCCGACCAUCACCUAUAGUCACCUAUGGUUGUCUGGACACGCCCUUAGAGAUAGUCUGAGAAGCUUGGUCAUCAGGGAGGGGCUCAGAGUAGAGCUGUUGCUCCUCCGCAUCAAGAGGAGAGAGAUGAGGUGACUCAGGCAUCUGGUAAGGAGUUCUGAGCAUGACCCACCAGGAGGAGGCCCCUGGGAAGACCCUGAACAUGCUGGAUGUCUCUCGGUUGGCCUGGGAACGUACCCCAGAAGAGCUGGAUAUAGAAGCUGGGUAGAGGGGAGUCGGGGCUUCUCCCCUUAUGUUUCUGCCGCCGUGACCUGACCUCGGAUAAGCGGAAGAAGAUGGAUGGCUGGAAUUCAUAUGACGCAAGUCCCCGGCCUGCGCCAGUUGAUGUUUUUAUAGCGUCUUUUCCCUCUGCGCAGGGCUGCAGCAUGUUUGCGUCGGUGAUGGCCUUUGAGGGACAGCAGUACUCCACUCUGAAGAGGCAGUGCCUGCAGAGCGGCCUGCUCUUUGAGGACCCCCGCUUCCCCGCCACCGAUGACUCACUUUUCUACCAGGGCAACAGGAUCGGACGCGUGGUGUGGAAGAGGCCGCGGGAGCUGUGUGAGGACCCUCACUUGUUCGUGGAUGGCAUCAGUGCGCACGACCUCCACCAGGGGCAGCUGGGGAAUUGUUGGUUUGUGGCGGCCUGCUCCAGUCUGGCCUCGAGAGAGUCCCUAUGGCAAAAAGUGAUUCCCGACUGGAAGGAGCAGGAGUGGGACACGGAGAAGCCCGACUCGUACGCCGGCAUCUUCCACUUCCGCUUCUGGCGCUUCGGCGAGUGGGUGGACGUAGUGAUCGACGACCGGCUGCCCACCGUGGACCACCAGCUGGUCUACUGCCACUCCAAUGACAGCAAUGAGUUCUGGAGCGCGCUGGUGGAGAAGGCCUAUGCCAAAGUGUACGGCUGCUACGAGGCUCUGGACGGCGGCAACACAGCAGACGCUCUGGUGGACUUCACGGGCGGGGUCUCAGAACCCGUGGACCUGCUGGAGGGUCAGAUGGCAACGGACGAGGCGGCCCGCAAUCAGCUGUUUGAACGAGUCCUCAAAGUGCACAACCGAGACGGCCUUAUCAGCUGCUCCAUUAGGGCAACCACGGUGGAGGACAUGGAGGCGCGGCUGGACUGCGGCCUGGUGAAAGGCCACGCCUACGCCGUGACCGACGUCCGGAAAGUGCGGCUGGGUCACGGGCUGCUGGCGUUUUUCAAGUCGGAGAAGCUGCAGAUGAUCCGCAUGAGGAACCCCUGGGGGGAGAAGGAGUGGAGCGGCCCUUGGAGCGACAGUUCGGAGGAGUGGAACAAGGUGAGCAAGAGCGAGAGGGAGAAGCUCGGCGUCACCGUGCAGGACGACGGCGAGUUCUGGAUGACGUUCGACGACUUCUGCCAGUACUUCACUGACCUGAUCCUGUGCCGACUCAUCAACACGUCGUACCUGAGCAUCCACAAGACGUGGGAGGAGGAGGUGAUGCAGGGCUCCUGGGUCCACCGCCAGGAUCCCCUGCGCAACCGCUCGGGCGGCUGCAUCAAUCACAAGGUCACCUUCCUCCAGAACCCUCAGUACGUGUUUGACGUGAAGAAGGUGGAGGAUGAAGUGCUGAUCUGCUUGCAGCAGAAGGAGAAGAGAGCCACGCCCAAAGAGGGGAAAGGGGAGAACCUUGCCAUAGGUUUCGAUAUCCACCAGGUGGAGGUGAACCGCAAAUACCGCAUGCACUCGGCCCAGCAGAAGGUGGCGGGCUCCAUCUACAUCAACUCGCGCUGCGUCUUCCUCAGGAAGGAGAUGAAGGAGGGCCGCUACGUCAUCAUCCCCACCACCUUCGACCCGGGCCAGCAGGGAGACUUCCUGCUCCGCGUCUUCACCGACGUGCCUUCGGACUGCAAAGAGCUGACCCUGGACGAGCCUCCUCAGACGUGUUGGACGGGCAUGUGCGGCUACCCUCAGCUAGUCACGCAGGUGCACGUUCUCAACGCAGAGGGUCUGCAGGGACAGGAUUCCAAUGGAGCGGUAGACCCGUACGUGAUCAUCACCUGCGAAGGCGAGAGGGUCCGCUCGCCGGUUCACAAGGACACCCGGUGCCCCAAUUUUGACAUCAAGGGUCUGUUCUACCGCAAGAAACCCAAAGAGGGAGUCCACAUCGAGAUCUACAACAAGAACAUGAUCGUGGACACGUUCCUGGGUCAAGUGGUGAUGUUCAGCGACCCCAACGAGCGUCAGGAGCAGCACACGCUGCACCUCCGAGACAAGGGCAGUCGCCAGGACAGCGACCUGCCCGGCACGCUCACUGUGCGCCUCAUCACCUCCACCACGCUCACCAACAUCUGACCGCCACUCUCUUUCCCCGGUUUCUCUCGCCAAAUUGUUUGCUUUCCCCAAAUCUCUCGCCAUGUUUCCGUUAUGUUUCUCUUGCCAAUUGUUUUCUUUCCCCCUUUUCCUCUCAGAAAUGUAUUCUUUACCCUAUUUCUUUUGCCACUUUUCCCCCACGUUCCUCUCACCAUUUUUUUUCAACAUUUUUCUCAUCAAUUUUUCCGUCGUCAAUUCUCACCAUUUUUUUUUUCUCACCCCAUUUCUCUCCCUUUUUUCUACCCCCAUUCCUCCCAUUAAUGUUUACCUUUCCCUUUUUUCUUACCAAUUGUUUUCCCUUUCUCCACUUCUCUCCUCAAUUUCCACCAUUUCGCUCCUCAUUUUUAUUUUCUUUCCCAUUUCUCUUGCCAAUUUUUUUCUUUCCCUGUUCCUGUUUCCAAUUUUUUUCCCCCCACCAUUUUUUUUCUCGGCAAUUUUUUUUUAGACAUUCCCCCGUUUCUCUCGCCAAUUUCUCCAACCUUUAAACUGACAUUUUAAUGGCCUUUAUUUACUUCAAUAUCUUUGUUCAGUGUCGCUGCUCGCGUUGCGUCGUAGGUUUCGCCGCUGAAAAAAAGGCCAAAAUAGAACGCGUCCUCUAUCUUUUACUUUUUCACUGUGCGAAAUCACACCCACAUGAGAUGCACAUGUAUUACAUAUGCAGACAUUUCUGCUCUCCCAUGCAUGUGCCAACGUCUCCAAGGGCUAUGCAUUGCCUUAAGGCUGCGUCUGUCUGUCUUUCACAUGGAUUGGGGUCAAGGGUGGGUCAGGUGGGUUUUUCGCUGUCUGUCAGCUGUCUGACUUCGUGUUCGUGUGGCCGCCAUGUUUGUUUAGAGAAGGGUUUCCCAAACCUUGGCGCAGGCCCAUCAAUGUGCCCCAAAAACUAUGAACCCCCAUUGAGCAUGUAGCUAUGUUGAUUUUGCCCUUGCGCACUACAGUUUUCACUCUGCGACUGGUUUUGGGCCCCCUUCCUCUCAGUUUGGGAAACCCUGGUUUCUAUCAUGGCAGCAUCUUACUUUCUCUUUUCUACCCGUAUAUGCUGACAAUGCAUUUUGUAUCCGUGGCUCCAGUUCAAUUUUUGGCGAGCAUGCACCGUCGUCCCUCAACCCCACCCCAGCCUCGGACGAAAGCCAACAGCCGCAAUUGUGAGACCUCGCUUUUUCCCGUCUUCCUUCACUUUCAAACCGAGACGCUUCUCUGCCGGAUGCUAUGGACGACCUUCGAACCGCAUGGCCUGGAAAGACUUCUUUUUUCCACCCGUGCUGCACAUCUCUGCGGUCGUAGCUUAGUAGCUGGCGCCUGUCCUCGGAGUUGCUACCCCCCGCUCCUAAACAAGCGCUUUACGGGACCAAAGAGCAGCCAGCCAGCCAGUCAGCCCCCGCUCCUUUGUAUCCCUUUCCAACUGGCACUUGGGCUCGAGCCUAGCGAUAAAAUGCCACCCCCUGUGCCACAUCAUCUUCUUAACGGCAACACCACUGCCUGACACUGUGUGUGUGUGUGUGUGUGCGUGUGCGUGUGCGUGCUACUUAAACUUGUGUAUUUGGGCGAAUGUAUAUCUGUUGAUGUGAGGAAUGGUUGCGAAACCGGCAGAUUACCAUUUAUUGGGAACACACACCUUCCACUUUUGUUUGUUUUUUUUGCUGGGGGAAAACCAUGAAGAAGGCGAAAAACCUGCCAAACAAACAGUGCCAUGGUGGUUUCAGUCCAGGUUUGCCUCCUUAAAAAAAUGCAACUUUGGGGUCCUUUUCUUGGAUUUUUCUUGGAACAGUCACUGGUACUUUGUAUUCUGUUGAUUUACCCUUCUUUAUAGGGCUGGGCAUUCAAUUUAGCAAUCAGUUAAUUGAUUAUAAAUGAUUUAGAAAAGGGAAGAGGAAAAAAAUCGAACCCCUUUCACAUUUCUGUAAUGAGUCCUAAUGAGAUAAUUUCAUAACUUGCACUUUGAAACUUUAUGUAAUCUUUUUUUGAAAGUCAACCUGAAAUGUUUCUGGCUACAUCUUAUUACGUCAAUUUUGAACACUGACACUGAAUAGAAGUCGACCUGGCAAUUUUCCUGCUUAGAUGUCCGUAGCCCCUUUUAUUUAUACUGUCUGGAAAAGCCGAUAUUUUCCGCCAUGUAAAUUUGUACGGUUUUCGAGGUAGUGUCAGAGCUGUAUCAAAUGCGACGGGUGGCUUUUGUUUAUGGAGAGCUCUUAAGCUGCAAUUUUGCGUGUUUUGUGUGAAAAGCGUCUCGUCUCCAAUGUUCUAAACACCUUUUUCGAUGUCCUCAAGAUAAUCAACAAUCGAUGCUACACAUUGCACAGACUUCUCAACAACCAAAAUUCCCUAAAUUCUCUACAAUAUUCUCCACAAUAGACAAUUAUGGUGUUUCUUUUACGUUGAAUGUAAGACAAACAUUUCUAGUUCGCUCCUCGCCAAUUAGAUUUUUUUUUUUUUUUUUACCCGCCCGCCAAUACUUGAACUGUUACACACUUACGUGGCAUUUACUGUAUGUGAGCGCACACACUUUUGGUGUACAGCAUCUUGACAAACGCAUGACUCGUUUUUUCCACAUCCUUGUAUUGUACCAUCCAAACUGUAUCCUGCUUUUGCUUUUUUUUUUUCUGUGAGGUAAUGGUAGUUCGUGUGAUCAUAUCAGCGGGCUGGAUUGAUGCUGUGUGCGUAGCGAUGCUUUCGUGAUGCCGUUUAGGUGCUACAUCAUCCCCCCCCCGUUGUUGUCGUUGCAUUGGAAAAGGGACAGAAAAUGAGGGUUACGAUGGUAGUAGUGCCAACAUUCUGAGGCUGAAGUGUCCUUGAGUAAGGCGCCAAGUUCAGUGGAGCCGCCCAAAUGCCAAUGAACGGGGUAGCUUGGAUUUCAUUCCCGGAGAUUAUUGGUGCCAAAAAAAAGUGGCUAUAUGACAGCUGGCCUAGUUUUAGAAAAAUAAAUGCCCUACUACCAAUAAUAAUCGACCUUUUGAGGUAGAUUUAAUCAGGGUUUACAUUACAGACUCCGAACAGUUAUUACACACACGGUUGUUCUGCAAAUAGUGGCAGACUCAACUGCAAAUGGAGCGAGGUGUCUAUUAGGGGUGAGGCCUUUAAUUUUGGAAUAAUAUGUAAGAAUGUUACCAGUGUAUUAGACUACAUGUCAAACAGGAAUUUAAAAGGAAAUGGGAGCCACACAACAUUGUGGAGUGACGGCCUGUCAAACUGCUCCAAUGUUUGGGUUGUCGUUAAUGUGCCAUCGUAUUCUUCAUUAUUUGCUUUAUGGAUGAUAAACCUUCCUUAAACUGAUGCAUGUGCCAUUUUAAAAUGUUGUUAUAGUUUAUUGAAUCCAUGUAUUUUUACAUUUUUUUAAUUUUUAUUUAUUUUUUUUAAAUAAUCAUGUAGCCUUUUGUUGAUUUGUGUGGAUGUGACAUGCCAAUAAUACAGCUAAUACAAAGCGGUGAUGCGUACGAAGAAGCAUUAGCGGCACACUGGAAAGAAGAAAAGUCGUAAUCUUAUGAAAAUAAUGUAAUUUUGAUAUCUAAUGUUGUAAUAAAUGCAGAAUAUUUGGAUUAUAUUGCGGAUGAAGUUUUGAUUUUGUAAGAAAUCAAUUUGAAUAUUAUGGGAAAAUCUGUAUGUUAUGGCAUAAACUCAUAAUAUGAGAAAGAAUCUGCAAAAAAUCUGCAAUAUUUACAUGAAUCUUUGUAAUACUUAAAGUUGUACUUUUAAUAUUACUAUAAUUGUAAUAUUUUCUAGUGUAAUUCUAUUCUCAUCGAGUGAAGAUUUUUCCAUUUGUGAUCAUGUAUUUUGAUGGAAAAAAAGUAGUCAUUUCAAAAUGAGUUUGUAAUAUUAAAUAAUUAAAUAUGAAAUAUUACAACUUAAUGUCGUAAAAUGAUCCCAUAAAAUUAUUCUGUUCUCGAAAACAUUGCAAUUUUUUGUAAUGUCACAUUAUUCUUGUAAAAAUGACAUUCUGAUUAGAGUAAAAUCAGCAUGUUAUUAAUCGUAGAAUUACAAGUUUAUUCUUCUAACAUAAAAAUACUAUGUCUUAAAUUAUCACAUUUGUAUUCGUAGAACUACACUUUUCUUGUCCCAACAUUUCACUUUUUUCUUGUGAAAUUACAUUUAAUUAACUAUUCUCAUUAAAGUACAAGUCACUUCUUGUCAAAUUAUCACAUUGUUAAUCAUGGAAUUACAACUUUCCCCCACGCAAUGCUACAACUUAAACCUUGUCAAAUUCUUUUUUUUUUUUUUAUUUCUUGUGAAUAUUUUCUUGUACUCUUACGACGUUUUUCUCCGAAUAUUGACUUGUGACAUGUUCUCAUAACUUUUACGACUUUUCUUCUGGUUACUAUCUGAGCCGAAUACGUGUAUGUUAUAUUGUUUGGACACGGGGAGAAAGGUAUUGAUCCCCAUCCGAAAAACUGAAAAUCUGAAUCUUAUUGAUGUGUUUUUAAUUUUGAAAAGAUGCUUACGACAUUUGGUUCAUCUCGUUGGAUUUCACUGUAAUGUAUAAAACCCUGUCGGAAAGUACCCGAGUUUCCCCCUUUCUCUCGAUGCCAAGUCGCUGCCGUGACUUUUUGUACGAGAAUGCCAGUGCAUGUAGCAAAAACGGCUUUGAAUUCAUGGCAAAAUAUCUAUAUUUCUAUUUUGGGGACAAAAAAGAAGCCACAUGGCAAAUGCGCUAUUGCUACUUUGAUAAACACACCAGGCUCGUGUUGCACUCGCGCAUGCAUUUGGACUGUUUUUCUAUUAAAUAACCUGUCGUGUGUGUAUAAACGUAGCAGCGAUCAGCCGCGUUUUGAUGGACGCUACGCAGGCUAGCGCUGAUGCUGUUUCUCACUACCUCUGCUGGUCAUUCAGAGGAAUUGCGUACAUUGCUAGCUAGGGUGAUUUUUUGUGGCUUUUAUCCCAUCCCGUUGUUGCGUGUUGAAAACAAUGGCCACGUUGCAUCCUGCUGCAUGAAAACCACGCAAAAUGAAAUAUUACAAGAAAUAUUUUGGUAAUGUUAAGAGAAUAAAGUCGUAAUAAAAACGAUACUUAUAUACUUGUUCGUACGGGGAAAGCAAGUCAUAGUUAAAAAAGUUUUUUAAUUUUAAAAAACUGAGAUAAAAAAGUUGUAAUAGAUUGAGGAAAUAUUAGCAAUAUUAUGAGAAUAAAUUUGUAUUUUUUUUGUCAGGAAAAUGUCAGAAUUUUGAUAUUGUUCUGAUGAGAAUUUUUAAUAAUAUGACUGUUCUCAUAAAAAAAAUGUUAGUUGUUCUCGUAAAAUUACAUUUUUCUCAUAAAAUCACGACUGUUCUUGUAAAACUACGAUUUUAUUCUGGGGAAAUUAUUCACGAGAAAUGAUUUCUUUAAUCUCGUAAAACAAUGACUUUUUUCGUGAAAUUACAAUAUUUGUCGAGUAAAAUUACGACGUUGUCCUUGUCUUGAAAUUUCAACUUUAUGCAUGACUAUCCUCGAAACUGGACAUUUUCUUCCUGUAAAAUUAUGAUUCUAUAGUCAUAAAAAAAUUAUGCCUUUAUUCUCUAGAAAUUACACAUUUUUUCUUGUAACUUGACAACUUUAUUCCCGAAAAAUUACAAUUUUAGUUAUCUAAAAUUAUGACUUAAUUCUCUAGAAAAUAUGAUUUUUUUUUUCUUGUAACUUGACAACUUUAUUCAUGAAAAAUUACAAUUUUAGUUAUCUAAAACGAUGACUUAAUUCUCUAGAAAUUAUCCUUUUUUUUCUUGUAACUUUACAACUUUGUUCACGAAAAAUUAAAAUUUUAGUCAUCUAACAUUACGACUUAAUUCUCUUGAAAUUAUGACUUUAUUUAAAAUUCCGAUAUCAUUUUCUGCAAAUGUUGACUCUAUUCUCAUACGUUACAACUUCCCAUAAGAUAACGUCAGAAGAGGAUGUGCAUUUGCUAGCUCGCUAGCUUUUAUUCCUCCCUGUUCUUACGUCUUGAAAACCAAUGGCCAUGUUGCAUCCUGCUGCACGCAAACCACACGAGCAAUCAAAUCAAUUUGACGCUGUGCAUUGCCGACAACGUCAUUGCGUUGGCUUUUCCUGCCGCGGUCGACACGGAAUAUCGAGACGGGAAUGAGCUUGUGAUGGUUCUUGUACUCUUCUGCUCGGAGACUGGAAAACCUUACUGCAUGGUGGCACUUCUAGAAGACCUUUUAUCAGUAUUUUAUAGCCUUGUUGAUUUUAUAUAUCUAUAUACAGUACAUAUAUAAAUAUAUAUACAGUAUAUCUCUAUAUCUAUACCCACUUUACCUUGGGAUAAAGCCGGUAUGAUUAGCUAUCUAGCUAUCGGAGAGCUGUACUUGUCCGUUGUAUACUGUGUGCUUCUUUGUGUCUUCUGUUUAUUUAUUGUUUUGCCUUUGACUUGAUGCCCGCGCUUUCCCUUCUCGGUUACACUGUGCUUAUUUUAUAGCUACGAUCUGGGGGGGGGAAAAAAAUCAUAUUUUACUUUUUUUUUUUUUUUUGGGCAUUUGUAUUUAAUGUCAACUUGUGGCAUGACUUUGAAAUAAAACUGAAAAUUGUA